AUGAACCCGCCCGCCAUUGGCCUCGAUCCGGCGGAGUUGUCGACCAGCAACGCUGCAGCAAACUUUCCAAGGCCUAAUUCCGUCAACUACGUCGCCUGCGGCCAGCCGCAAAGAUCCUACGUUAACGACGAAACCAUUUCCAACACCUUGGCGAAUUCCCAUACCCUCCCAGCUCAAAGCGACAGUCCCCAACUUGACUAUAGGCAACCCAAGUUCACCGAGGAAUGGGAUGCAAGUAUGAGGGGUGGCUCGAUCGCGGACGGUCCCACUGCGCAAAAUAGCUACAAUCAACAGCAGAGCCCGGGUGUUGCCAUGCAGCGCACCAGCCUCGCCUCCUCACGGGCCGAGGCUACGACCGGCGAUGGCACCGGUGCCUACCCCGUGAACUUGUCGAGAGGAAAUACACUUAAGAAAAAGAGUUCGUUGCGGAGGAGUGGGAGCCUCAGGCGCAGCGGCAGCCGUAGGAGCAUGAAGGCGGGUAGUGUCCGGAGCCUUGCCUUGCAGAGCUCUCACGAGUCGGAUGAGGUUCACAGCGCGUUCUACUGCCCCGUUCCAACCUCUGGUAGCCCGACAGACAUCCUGGCCAACAGGUUUCAGGCUUGGCGGAAGACGCUUAAGGAUCUCAUCGCAUAUUUUAGGGAGAUACAGUCGCAUUACGAGCAUCGCUCCAAGUCCCUGCUUAGGCUCGCUAACGUUAUCAAUAAUACAUCUACACCCGCUGGCUUCCUUGCAUCCGGCGGGCUGGAUGAUGCGCUCCAGACACUACGAAAGUACCACAAAGAUGCAAUCCUCGAAGCGAACAAAGCUCGGGAGAUCGAAGAAGACGUCAUUCUAGCCCUCACCGGCUUGAGGAGCGAUUUAAACCAGAAGAUCAAGGAGAUAAGGAGCUUAUCCAGUGAUUUCAAGAACUCGGUCGAGAAAGAGAUGGAUGGCACCAAGAGAGCCGUAAACGCACUCCAGGAGGUUCUCGGACAGAGCGAGCUAGAUUCCUCACUGGCCACCGGCAAGCAGGACCCUUACCUAUUGCGGCUUGCGGUCGAUCGACAGGUGGAGAGACAGCUGGACGAGGAGAACUAUUUGCACCAGGCAUAUUUGAAUCUCGAGUCAUCGGGUAGAGAGCUCGAGUCUAUCGUCGUCGGCGAGAUCCAAAAGUCUUACAAUGCCUACCUCGGUAUAAUCAAGCGAGAGGCAGAUGCAGCCUACAAUACGAUUGACGAGCUCCGCGCCGGACCCAUUGCGAUGCCUAGUGAUCACGAAUGGGCCAGUUUCAUCCUGAGAGACUCCCAAUUUGUCGAUCCCGAAAUACCAAUGCGAUCCGCCGAACACAUUCACUACCCGGGACGAGACCAUUUCGCCUGUCAGGAGAUUCGCGCAGGCUUACUCGAGCGUAAGAGCAAGUACCUGAAAAGUUACACGGCCGGAUGGUACGUACUAUCGCCGACUCAUUUGCAUGAAUUCAAGUCCGCGGACAAGACCCAAUCUCCUAUCAUGUCCCUAUAUCUACCGGAACAGAAACUCGGCUCUCACUCGGUCGAGGGAGGCUCCUCGAACAAGUUCAUCCUCAAGGGGCGACAGACGGGGGCCAUGCAUCGCGGCCACAGCUGGGUUUUUAGGGCCGAAAGCCACGAUACUAUGAUGGCUUGGUACGAGGAUAUCAAAGCCCUUACCGAGAAGUCUCCGGAGGAGCGCAGUACUUUCGUCCAGGACCACGCGCGAGCGUAUUCGCGAACCUCCCAGCGCAGCGCUAGUUCCGAUGGCAUGGUGGAUGACGAAGACGACGAGCCUUUCUCGGCGGAUCCCGCCGUCGCUAGGCUAGGCUCGCGCCAAGAGCCGCCCCAGAGCAGACCCGAGCCAGGCGGACGUUUCCCAUCCGAUCUCCAGAUCAACGCGCAGAGGGGUUUGAACGUACCGCAAUCACCUAGCAGUGUCGGAUCCGGUUUCGUGGGCAACGAGUAUACGAUAGAUGGUGCCAGCGUGACUAGCAACCAAGACCCCGAUGUCGCCGUCGCUGCCGGCGCCGUGCCCGUUAGCGGUUUUAACGAAAUGUACCCUGGGAAUCGGCCGUCGCAGCUAGUUGGUCAAUCCUAUGGCAAUACCCCCAGCGUGAGGAUGAAUCAGGCACAUAGCCAUGCAGCAGUCAUUGACCAUAGGGCGAGAGCAGAUGGCAUAAACCCCUACAGCGGAGAGCCUAUCCAGCAGCAGGCAAGGUUGUCGGGGCGAGUGUCGAAUGCGCCCCUUACGGCAUUCGGACCGGGAUCCGCUAGCACGUCGCAGACCAUGGACACCGCGAUAGACCAGGAUUCGGUUCACGGUAGCACGUACGAGAUGGCUAAUGAUAUCGGAGCCGAGCAGAGGCACCCGCCGUGGCAGAAGAAGGAACUAUCUCGGACAGCCAAUAUCAGGAAUGGGUCAGUGAAGCCGUUGCCCACGACCGCCACUGGGAUCCCCCUCGCGAGCCAGAGCGGCAAAUCUAGGCCGUACGGCGAGAGAACCAGCAGCAACCCCCAUGUCCCCGGCGAGUACCCCCGAGGCGCACCUAGUGGCAUACCAGGCGCUUACUAG